AUGGAAGAAGCGUUCACUUGGUUGACCUUUGAUAUCAUUGGCCAAGGAAAGACCAACGUUUGGGUCUCCAUCAUCAUUGAUGGCGGUUACUUCAACAUGCUCAGCAGUCUCCGCAGGCGGCUUCCUCUCAUGAACCUAAUCCUCCCAUUCAUGCUCCCAAAGGACUCCGCAGCCAAGUACGCAAUGCACAACAGAUUAACCGGGGAGAAGCUCGAUAAGCGGCUUGAGAUGGGUGACUCGGCCCAUCGCGACGACUUCUUUUCCUACAUCCUCCGCAAAGGCGGCAACGAAGUAUCCAGGGCAGAGCUCGUGAACCAAUCCAGCACGCUGAUCGUGGGUGGCUCCGAGACAACGGCAACAUGCUUGCUUGCUCUGGCUUACUACCUGCUCAAGGACAGAGCUCGUCUUGACAAAUUGAACGAAGAGGUGCGAGCUGCGUUUGGAUCUGUUGGGGAAAUCACUGGCGAGUCUGCGUCUAGGCUGCCGUAUCUCAACGCCGUCAUCGAAGAGAGCCUGCGGAUCUUCUCGCCUGCUUCCUUCGGAUUGCCACGCACGUGUCCUGGAGCCGUCAUCGACGGACACAUGAUCCCGGAGGGAGUUACGGUGAGUGUCGAUCAGUGGGCUACAUCGCACAGCCCGCAAUAUUGGAAGGAUCCAUACUCGUUCAUACCGGAGCGCUGGCUCGAUGAAUCCUAUGGAGACAACAAGGAGGCUAGUCAACCGUUUUCGAAGGGACCGAGAGCAUGUUUGGGGUCCAAUUUGGCUUAUCUGGAGAUGAAGAUUAUUGUGGCCAAGAUGGUCUUCUUGUAUGACUGGGAGCUGGUUAGCAAAGAGGUGGAUCUGAUGGGUCAAGCACGCUUGUUCCUUAUGUGGAAGAAGCCUGCUUUGAUGGUUCGUUUCCAUCGACGAGAGGAUCUUCCCAAGACAGACUGA